CUCGCUAUGCGUCGCAAAACGACGGAGGAAUCGGCCGCGGGCGAUUUUCGUUUUAACAUAGAGUCGAGUGGAAUCGAUCCGCCUUCCUUCUCCCAUCGCUGCAGUAGGUACACGUGUCUUAGACCCCGGGCGCCGCGUGAGCCAAGUCGCUCUUCGCGGCCAUGGAGUACCUUGGAGAGCCGACCCAGGGCAGUCAGGGAAAAAUCCUGUGUUGCCAGUGCGGGGUGCCCAUCCCGCCGAACGCGGCCAACACCUGCGUCUCCUGCCUGCGCACCCAGGUGGACAUCACCGAGGGAAUUCCCAAGCAGGGCUCCGUCUACUUCUGCAAGCAGUGCGAGCGCUACCUGCAGCCGCCCGGCACGUGGGUGCACUGCGCGCUGGAGUCACGCGAGCUGCUGGCCCUCUGCCUCAAGAAGCUCAAGGGGCCCCUGAGCAAGGUUCGUCUGAUCGACGCUGGCUUCAUCUGGACGGAGCCUCACUCCAAGCGCAUCAGGGUGAAGCUCACCAUCCAGAAGGAGGUGAUGAACGGCGUGGUGCUGCAGCAGGUGUUCGUCCUCGAGCUCAUCGUGAGCCACCAAAUGUGCGACGAUUGCCACCGUGUGGAGGCCAAGGACUUCUGGAAGGCCGUCGUGCAGCUGCGGCAGAAGGCUUCUCACAAGAAGACCUUCUACUACUUGGAACAGCUGAUCCUGAAGCACCGCAUGCACCAGCACACGCUGAACAUCAAGGAGGUGCACGGGGGACUGGACUUUUACUUUGGGUCAAAACAGGAAGCACGCAAGAUGGUGGAGUUCUUCAACACCGUGGUGCCUUGCAGGUUCAAGACUUCGGAGCGCCUCAUCUCGCACGACGUGCACAGCAACACCUACAACUGUAAGAGCGCCUACUCCGUGGAGAUCGUCCCCGUGUGCAAGGGCGACGUGGUGUACCUCUCACCGGCGCUCGCCCGUUCCCUGGGCAACCUGGGGCAGGUGUGCGUGUGUGCCCGCGUCACCUCGGCCAUCCACCUCAUCGACCCCAGCACCCUGCAGGUGGCGGAGGUCAGUGGGGCGGUGUUCUGGAGGGAGCCGUUUAGUGCCCUGUCAACUCCUCGUUCCUUCACCUCGUUCAUCGUCCUGGACGUGGAGCCGCUCCGGGAUCAGCGGCGCACCGCCGGGUCCGGAGCCACCUCCUCGCGGCAUGUGCUGGCAGAGGUCUGGUUGCAGCGGUGGAACGAGGUUGGCACAGGGGAGCAGCUGCACACUCGCACGCACCUGGGUCACCUGCUCAAGCCAGGAGACAGAGUGCUGGGUCUGGACCUGUCGUGCGCCAACGUUGGCGACGUGGAGGGGGCGGUGGGGUCGUCGCCGGGGUCGUCGCCGUCCGUGGUGCUGGUGCGCAAGGCCUACGAGCGCUCGCGACGGGCCCGGCGCCGCAACUGGACCCUGGCCGAGCUGCCCAGGGAGCGCCAGGACGACGUCGCCAGCGACGACGAAAGACAGUACGAGGACUUCCUGGAAGACCUGGAGGAGGAUGAGGCUGUGAGGAAGAACGUGAACAUCUACCGUGACCGCAGCCACGUGGAGGCCACAGCUGGAGGAGGAGGUGGGGACGAGGAGGAGGAGGACGACGCUCCACGGAUCGGCCUGGACGAGAUGAUGGAAGACCUGAAGCUCACAGACGCACCGGGAGGCCCCGCAUCGGACAUGGUGUCCGAGUGACACACACUCAGACACUCACUCACUGAGACACUCACUCAGACACUCACUCAGACACUCACUCAGACACUCACUCACUCAGACACUCACUCGCUCAGACACUCACUCAGACAC